AGAUCCGGGAGUACUUUUCAAAUAAAAAGGUACCAACUGCAAUGGAUUUGGUCCGUGAUCUUUGUUUUAAAUAUUGGUGUAGGAGCUGGGCAAUUCGUUAACGAUGAAAAUGGCGUUGUAGAUUUACUUAAAAUAUCCAAACUACGUGAUCAAGAACAAAAAAUUACAUUGGUUGCAGGGAGGUGUAUAAAUAAUACAAAUAAUUUGAUCUCACCAUCAUCAGUGAUAGCUUAUAGAUGGAGUAAGAAAACCCAAAUUUCACUUGAAACUGAGGACUAUUUUCCAAAUGGUUUUCCAAAGGAUUUCUCCAUCCUUAUUGUAGCUCGAUCCACACCAGGUCCAGCGUAUCCACUCUUUACAUUGUUUACUGAAUACGGCGAUGAACAGCUCUAUGUUACUCUGGGUGAUGAUUUAAGUCUUUAUUACGAAGAUAAUGACGAAUUACCCGAAGAAGAUAAUCUCAUGAAUUUUGGAGCAACUGUAAAUGAUGGAAAGUGGCACAGAAUAGCAUUCAGCAUUAAAGGAGACUCCAUAACAGCUAUUAUUGAUUGCAAUCACACAGUCACAAAAUCGUUACUUAGAUCUUCGACAUCACAACUAAGUGUUUCUGGAAUGUUAACUGUCGGAUACCAAAUGUACCCUGAAGAAUACUACAAUGGAGAUAUCGAGAUGAUAAAAAUCGUUUCUAGACCUGAUGAUGCCUACGAAAUUUGCAAGAAAUAUGCUCCUGAUUGCUUCGGUUCAAGAUCAGACAAUAAUUUUGGUGUCGCCGGUUCUUUUAGUUUUAACCAAUCAAAUAGUGAAAGUUAUGAAGAAUAUGGCAGAGCAAGAGGUGAUUCUUAUGAUACAGAAGGUACGAGUGCCAUAAAUUAUCAAGAUAAUUUACAAGGAAAUAGAAGAAUCACUUUUCAAGAUAAUACGCUUUUGCAUGGUGUUGGAAAUGUUCAGUUUAACCAGGAAAGUGAUCGUAAUGCUGUCGAUUUUGGCCAUCGAGCUUCUGCAUCUGGUGUCGAGACAGCAACCAUUGGAAAGUUUGAAGACGAAGAUUUUACUACUGAAGCAAAUAUAAAUUCUACAACACAAGAACCUAUAGAAGUAGAUUUGAUUACUACAAUAUAUCCGGAUUAUGAGUUUCCAGAAUCAAAUAUAUCAUCACAAGGUCCCGAUCCUUAUGCUGGCAUAAGAGGUCCACCUGGCGUUCGUGGCUAUCCAGGACCUCCAGGCCCGCAAGGUCCUAUUGGCCCUAAAGGUGAUCCUGGAAGAGAUGGAAUUUACGGUACACCAGGUGUACCAGGAGCUCCAGGACAUGUAUUCCUGGUACCAUUAAAUGCUCAAGGUAAUGAAAAGGGGCCAGAUGCACAAGCAGAAUCCUUUAGGCAACUGUUAUCUCAACACAUGAUGUCUAUGAGAGGAAUCGAAGGUCCAAUGGGACUUACAGGCGUGCCAGGACCUCAAGGACCUCCUGGUCUCGAAGGAAUCAAAGGAGAUCCUGGGGAUGUUGGAGAACCGGGCUUACCUGGAGUAAGAGGACCGACUGGUCUAACAGGUCGAGAGGGAAACAGAGGUCGACCAGGACGAGAUGGAGAGCGGGGCAUUACAGGGCCUAUGGGUGCAAAAGGUGAACAGGGGCUUAUUGGUCUACCAGGAUUGCCAGGCGAAAAAGGCGAAAGGGGUUUUUUCGGAAGUCCAGGAGAAAAAGGACAUCCAGGUCAUGAUGGUUCACAAGGUGAUGAAGGUCCACCAGGUCCACCUGGGCUUCCUGGAGAAAUGGGACCAAGGGGUUUUACUGGUCCAAGGGGUAUACCUGGAUUGCCUGGAGUUGCGGGAAUACCAGGAAUUGAAGGUCCUCCGGGAAAUAAAGGUCAUCCUGGUCCAAUGGGACAACCAGGUCAGCCUGGGCAAUCAGGACCUUCAGGAGCUAUAGGUUCUCCUGGUCCGCCAGGUUUGUUAGGACCUCCAGGAUUAAUGGGUCCCUCAGGGAAACCUGGAGUGCCCGGACUUCCUGGUGCUGAAGGAUUACCCGGGAUAAAUGGUAAUCCGGGACAACCAGGUCCCAAAGGUGAGCAGGGAGCUUCAGGGCCACAAGGAACAAUAGGUUUUCCUGGUAGUCGGGGAAUUAAAGGAGAUGAAGGAAAAAGAGGUCCUCAAGGUGAAAAAGGAGAACAAGGAGAACGUGGUAUAGAAGGGGAAAAGGGGGACAUGGGAGCAAAAGGCGAUACUGGACCGUUGGGGCCCCAAGGUGUACCAGGUUUAGAAGGUGUUGAGGGACCAAAGGGUUUUGAUGGUCCACGGGGAGAGACUGGUGAAAUCGGUCCUCCUGGAGAAAAAGGGAAGGAAGGUAUUCAAGGCCUUAUAGGUUAUCCAGGAUCGGCAGGUGAUAAAGGAGACAAAGGAGCAACUGGAAGACUUGGACCUGAUGGAGAAAAGGGAGAACGGGGUCACACAGGACCACAGGGCGAACGAGGUGAACAAGGACCAAGAGGUUUUAGAGGAGGCAGAGGAAGAAGAGGAUCUGAUGGUUUGCAAGGUCCUAAAGGUGACACUGGCCAACCUGGUCCACCCGGUGUUCAAGGAGAAGUUGGACCUCCGGGUCCUGAAGGUGGUAGAGGUUUUGCAGGACUUCCAGGAGGUGUUGGACCUCCAGGAAAAGAUGGAUUGCCAGGUCUAUCAGGAGAACGAGGUCCACCGGGAGAACCAGGAAAACCAGGACCAUCAGGACUUCCAGGAGUUAUUGGUCCUCAGGGACCCACAGGAGAACCAGGGCCUAUAGGAGAACCAGGGACACCAGGAGCACCAGGUAUCCCUGGUGAAGCAGGAUUACCCGGAGACUCCGGUAAAGAAGGACCGCCUGGACCUCCCGGACCAAUUGGCAAACCUGGUCCGCCUGGUUUAACGGGACUACCUGGUUUUCCGGGAGAAAGAGGAGCUAAUGGAUUACCAGGUUCACCUGGUACCAAAGGAGACAUUGGCCCGGUAGGCCCAGCUGGUGCCACGGGGGAUAAAGGUCAACAAGGAGAAUCUGGAAAAGAUGGGCCCACAGGACCGGAAGGCAGGAAAGGGCCACCCGGACCCCCAGGGCCAGGAGGAGCCAAAGGCGAAAGAGGAGAAAGGGGUGCACUUGGUGUUGCAGGAAGAGAUGGACUACCGGGAAUGAGAGGACUUCCAGGAGCUCCAGGACCUGUAGGACCGCCCGGAGAAGAUGGAGAUAAGGGAGACAUUGGACCACCCGGUGAAAAAGGAUUCAAAGGUAGCCAAGGGGAAGCAGGACCAAUUGGAAGUCCCGGAACUCAAGGACUUCGUGGCGAACCUGGACCAGUAGGUCCGUCAGGAGAAAGGGGGCCCCCAGGACAAAUGGGUAGAGCAGGAACGAAAGGUGAGGACGGGCCUAAAGGUUUACCUGGCCCAGCAGGUCCCGCUGGACCACAGGGAUUACCAGGAUCAACUGGAAUUAAAGGAGAAGUAGGCGAUAUUGGACAAAAGGGACCACCUGGUCAAACAGGAUCACCAGGAGAACCUGGACCAAGGGGUCCAAAAGGGGUGGAAGGCAUUCAGGGACCGUCAGGAAUGGAAGGUCCACAAGGCAUGAAAGGAGAUAGCGGACAACCAGGUUUGCCCGGACCACCGGGAAGCGAAGGAAAACCAGGAGACCUUGGUCCAACUGGUCAAAAGGGAGAUGAAGGAAAAGCUGGUAUCCAAGGGGCGGUAGGACCUAGAGGUCCUCCCGGACCAGAAGGUACCAAAGGAGCAGCAGGAGCUCCAGGUUUUCCUGGGCCCCCUGGGGAACCAGGUCCGACCGGAUUGAAAGGUGAACGUGGACAAGACGGUGACGAUGGUAAACAAGGAGAAGCUGGUGCUCAAGGAGAGCAAGGUUUACCUGGAAAAAUGGGACCAAUUGGUCCUCCAGGACGACCUGGUCCUGAAGGUCCAGCUGGACAGCAAGGCAAUGCAGGUCCUAUAGGAGAAAAGGGUGAUAAAGGAACUGCAGGAGCACCUGGUCUACAAGGACAACCAGGACCUCAAGGUGUUCCAGGACCAUCCGGUCCAGUUGGGGUUGUUGGGGCACCUGGGGCUUCGGGCGAGAAUGGUCCUCCAGGGCCGCCCGGUACUCCUGGAGACGAAGGUAAAGUAGGAGAAGCAGGACCCAGAGGUGAGAAAGGAGAACGGGGAAGGCGUGGUCCAAAAGGUCACCGAGGUGAUAUAGGGCCCACAGGAUCCAAAGGUGAUGAAGGGGAACGAGGGAAUAGUGGCGAAAAGGGACCUAGAGGCCCUGAAGGACUGAAAGGAAAUAUGGGGCCCGUAGGGCAACUAGGUCCUAAAGGUAACGAUGGUCCUCCUGGUCUUACCGGUGUAGAUGGUCCCCCAGGUCCGAAAGGUUCUGAUGGUCCGACCGGAAUUAAAGGUGAACCUGGACCCGUCGGACCAGUUGGUCCUCCUGGAGCUCCAGCUGAAAUGCCUUUGCUUCCUCCAGAAAUGUUAUUCCAAAUUCAAGGAAAUAUGGAUAAAGGAAUGGUUCGUAGAAGAAGAAAUGUAGAGGAGUUAAUAGCGGAAUAUGAAGAUGAACUUGGAUCCAAAUUGGAUGAAAUAUCAAAGGAAGAUAUGAAUAUGAAAUUUUUGGAAAUGUACAGUACUAUUUAUAAUAUGAGAAUCGAAUUAGAAACGUUUAGGAAACCUACUGGAACCAAAGACAAUCCUGCAAUGACUUGUAGAGAUCUUUAUUAUGGACACCCGCAUUUAAAAGACGGUUGGUACUGGAUUGACCCAAAUCUCGGUAUGAAAGAUGAUACUGUUUAUGUAUUUUGCAACAUGACUGCUGAAGGAGAAACUUGCGUUUAUCCCGAUGUUCACAGCUCCAAUGUACCUAACAUUCCUUGGAGAAAAGAGGGCAAUCACGAGAAAUGGUACUCCAAUCUGAGAGGCGGUUUUCAAAUUACUUAUGAAACGGUGGGCACGGUUCAAAUGUCAUUUUUGAGACUCCUAUCAAAAGAAGCUUACCAAAAUUUUACCUACACAUGUAUCAACAGUGUAGCAUGGCAUAACUCGAAGACAGAUAAGUAUGACAUGUCAAUCAAGCUCCUUGGAGAAGACGAACACGAGUUUGCAUAUAAUUCCCUGAAACCAAAUAUUUUGGUAGAUGGUUGUCAGUCCCGAAAUUCUAAAAGUGAAACAAUAUUUGAAAUUCGAACUCAGAAAUUAUCUCAACUACCGCUUAUAGAUUUUUAUCCAAUAGACUACGGAGCGCCUAAUCAGGCUUUUGGAUUUUCAGUAGGACCUGUUUGUUUUAAGUAA